AUGGUUUCUAUACUAGCUAUAGACUCGAUAGUAGACAACUAUGAGUCGGCGAUUCACCAGCUCAAAUUGCCAAAUCUUGAAACACUACAUUUGACUGGCACGAUUGACACCACCACCAUGUCACCGUAUAUAGCCAAAUACAAACUACAGUUGAUCCAAAACUCCUUAAUAAACCUUUUAUCUACAUUGAACAAUAGUUACAAAACAAACAAGUCUUAUAAUCGAAUAAAAGCUAAACUCGAACUGGUGUUAAUUGACCAACUAGAUGAGAAAAUAUACAUUGUUGAUCAAUUAAUCAAAAUGUACGAUUUGAAAAACACGCCAAUUGCUGACCCACUCGAGGAUCAUCAAUCUUUGGGUAUACCCCAGCAGCAACCCGUAAUCGAAGAGGAAAACUUAUCUGAAUUGAGAGAAAGAUUACUUUCAACAAGAAAAAAAGAUGAAAAAGAAGAACAAGACCUAGAUAAACUCAACACCUAUCAUGAAUCUAUCCAGGAUGAUAUACUCAAUGAACUAUCACAGCUCACCUCCCUGCUCAAGACAAGUGCAAUGACUUUCAGUUCAAAGAUUUUGGGAAGCGAUUUACAUAUAUUGAACGAAACUAGUGAAAACAUGAUCAAAAACUCAAAUUUAUUCAAAGUUAUUGAUCGCAAUUUGAAUGACUAUUUGGAGAAUAAAACUGGUAAUAAAAUAUCCUUGUGGUUCUUAUUAAAAUGUGUUGUCAUAAUUGCUUGUGUUUUCUUAAUUAUGAUCAUAUUUGUUGCAAUAGUACCUAGAAUCAGGUGA